AUGUUAGCAUUCGUGAGAGGAGUGGUCCAGGAGUGCCUGACUAAAGAGAACUCCUGUUAUUUCACACGCUGUGUGUGUGGACGACGUUAUAGCUUCACAGUCUCCUCCAUCACUGGACAGUGCAGUAGCCAGGUUAGCUCUACUGUUGACAUUCGCACAGCACCCUGUAUCCCCCAGAAUCUGCAAACCUCAACCAACUGCAAUUCAGAUGUUCUGCUCAGCAAGUGGGACCUUGCAGAGGGGGCUAUAGGCUACACUGUGGAGGCUUUCGGCAACAAGGGAAACUAUAACUGCAGCUCACUCUCCAACAGCUGCGUUAUAGAGGGCAUCCAGUGCGGAGAGUUCUUGACCAUCUACAUUAAAGCCUUUGACGACCAGUGUACCAGCCCAAUGGCACUGGGGCCUGUCGCUGAGACAGUCCCAUGCGCUGCUCAGAACGUAUCAGCAGUGAAGGAGUGUGGGGCCGAUGCCAUCACAAUGACCUGGACAAUGUCUGGCAGUGCAAUUUUCUACGUCGCCAUGGCGAAGGACAGCAAUGGUGUCAUUUACAGCUGCAACUCCAUAGAUUUGUCCUGUAAGAUUGAGGGCUUGAAGUGCAGCACCAACUACACUGCGUACGUCAUUGCCUCCAACUUCGUGUGCAACAGCUCUGAGAGCGAGAUGGUCGCCAUAGAGACAGCUGCUUGCCCACCGGAUCAGGUUACUGCCUCCCUGGACUGUACAGCCAAUGAGGCUUUGAUUUCGUGGCGUGGCCAGCAGAGCAUUAACUCCUACACCGCUACAAUUGUGAAUGAAGAUCAAGUACUCCUUAGCUGCAGCUCCACAAAUACUAGCUGCAGGAUCCCUGACCUUAAAUGUGGACAGCUCUACACUGUCACUGUCUACUACCACGAUGGGGUCUGCCCCAGCAUGCCCUCUAAGGCCAUCAACAUGAAGUCUGUUCCUUGUGGGCCCAACGUGAAAGCUAACUUAGACUGUCAGUCACAAGCACUGACUCUCGGCUGGAACGCAUCGGGUGAUGCAGAAGGCUACAUAACUGUUAUCUCAAACGGCUACAAGCAAAUGUCUUAUAACACUACAAAGCCUGAGUUAAGGAUCAACACACUGGAGUGUGGACUUAAUUACACACUGAAAGUGAUGUCCUUCAAUGGCACCUGUGUCAGUCGACCCUCAGUGUUGCCUGUCAGGCAAACACCGUGUGUGCCCACUAACGUGGUGGUGAAUAAAACCUGUGACCAGAGUUUUGUACAAGUGACUUGGCAAGCAAGCCGUGGCGCCUUAUAUUACAGUGCAUCUGCAAAGGAUAAAGAUGGCCGUUUAUUGCUGUGCUCUUCCAACGGGACAUCAUGCAGGUUGGAGGGCUUAAUGUGCAGCCAGGUUUACAAUGUAUCAGUGACUGCCAAGGACAGCAACUGCACCAGCAAUGAGAGCUCUAUAAGCAUACUACAGACAGUGCCCUGUCCUCCCUCUCAGCUCAAUGUUUCAGUGAACUGUGCCAAUGAGUCUGCCAUGUUAACCUGGAGCAGGAGCCCCAAUGCAGUGUCCUAUUUUGGCAAGGCAGUGAGCAUAGACCGACGUUCAUACCCGCGUGAAGGACACACUGUGACCUGUGACGCGGGAACAAACCUAGGUUGUCAAUUGAAUGGUCUGCUCUGUGGCAGUCUCUACGCCUUCACUGUGUCAGCCUCAGAUGGCACCUGUCAAAGUCCUGACAGCGAGGCGGUCAUUCAGACAACUGCUCCAUGUCCUGUUGGGAGUGUGCUCAGAACCCUGAACUGUAGCAACAACACACUGACCGUCAGCUGGAUGCCCGUGUUGAGGCAAGUCUGCAAGAUGUGUCCAGUCAUUUACUACUCAGUGAACUACAAUGUCACCGCAUUGGCUACAGAUGGAACUAUACUUCGCUGCACGACACAAAGCUCAAGUUGUACAAUAACUAAUUUACAAUGUGGACAGCAGUACAAUGUUUCCGUCAAAGCCAUCAGUAGCACAUGUGAAGGAUUCAUCGAUGCCUGGGAAAUAGUUAAUUCUGUUCCUUGUGUUCCUCUGAACGUCAAAGGCGUUAUGAAGUGUUCCACUAACACGUUGCAGGCGUCCUGGGAUGCAGCUGCCGGGGCAGAAUCCUACAUCUCCACAUUGUGGAGAUCGGGAGGUUUCUCUUCUUCCUGCCUUACAGCUGAUCAAAGAUGCCUUUUCACUGACCUGCAGUGUGCUCAGACGUAUAUGUUCAGUGUGGUGGCCACUAACAACAGGUGUAACAGCUCAGAGAGUGCCAUGAUCUCAGCAAGAACUGCACCCUGUGACCCUACAAAUGUGUCCGCUGCCCUGAACUGCCUCUCUGGUGUGGUGACGGUAAGUUGGGGGGCCAGUGCUGGAGCAAACUAUUACACAGUCUUUGCUGAGGCCAACGGGCUCGUUGACACCUGUAACUCCACCGGCACUUCCUGUAAGCUGACCCAGCUGCAGUGUGGGGAGGACUACACUGUGACUGUACAAGCGCGGGACGGGAACUGCAACAACUCCAUACUCGCCAAAACCAAUGUAACGACAGCCCCCUGUGCUCCAGUGAUCCAGAGCCACUCCCUGGACUGUGGCUCCAACAACGCCCUGGUCACCUGGAUUGAGGACAAGGAUGCCUUGAGUGUCACUGUCAAUGCAGCCUCCAGCCUGGGAGAUACAACGUACUGCAACUCCUCCACCAACGGACAUAGCUGUGUUCUUAAUAAACUAAAAUGUGGACAAACCUACACUGUCCAGGUUGUUGCAAAAGGAGUCCAGUGUCUGAGCAAACCCAGUUCUACUUUUCAGGUUGUCACAGCUCCCUGUACCCCUGCAAACGUGGUGUCCACAUACUCUUGUACGACCUCUAUCGCCUUACUGAGCUGGGAUGAGACUUUGGGAAGAAAGAGCUUCUACGCCCAAGUUCAAUCUGCAGACCACACGGUCUCUUGCAGCACCAGCCAGACCGACUGCUCCCUGUCCUCAUUGCUCUGUGGUCACACGUACAAUGUGAAAGUAAUAGCGGUGGCUGACAACUGUAACAGCAGUGUGCCUGGUGUAACACAAAUACAGACAGCCCCCUGUGCUCCUUGGAAUGUCAGUGCCUCCCUGCUUUGCCGCAACAAUACGGCGGCGGUGAGCUGGCAAGGCAGUCCUGGUGCAGUUACCUACAAAGUGAUGGCGAACGGCAGGGAUGGUGAUGUCAAACAAUGCACGACAUCUGACACAAAUUGUCACCUACCCAACAUGCACUGCGCCCAGACCUACUGGAUCACUGUCACCCCCCUCUCUACUACCUGCACCGGCUACACCAGCUCCCCAUACACUUACAUUGCAGGCCCCUGCCCUCCCACCAAUGUUAAUGUGUCCCUUCAGUGUUCUGCUAACGUGGCCUAUGUGACCUGGAAUGCUGCCCUACAAGCAGAUCACUAUGUGGCCACAGCAGUACCUUCUGCUUUGGAUGAACAUAACCACACCUGCACCUCCAAUGGAACAAGCUGCUCCCUAACAGACCUCCACUGUGGCGAGACAUCUGCAGUCACUGUGGUCACCAUAGACAGGGGCUGCUGGAGCAAUCCAAGCCAGCCUUUUACGUUCAAGUCAGUCAUCUGCCCUCCGACCAGGGUGACUGGAGUGACAUCUUGCACGGACAAUAACAUCACAGUAAGCUGGGACCCAAGUCCAGAAAGAGGUGUUAACUACUUCGUCCAGUCUCAAAAAGAUAGUGGGACGAGUGCCAACUACUCCACAACCCACACGUCCCAUGUGCUCACCGGGCUGAAGUGUGGCCAGCUGUACACGCUGACAGUCGCCGCCAGGGACACUGAGUGCACCAGCGUCUUCAGCACCCCUAUACAAACAGAAACAGCUCCUUGUCCUCCAACCAGCCUGACUGUGAAAGCCGACUGUGGCACCAACUUGGGAAAUCUGACUUGGGCCCCUAGUUUCCAUGCCAUCUCCUACACGGCUACAGUGACAAGUACCCAGGGUCAUGUAGUUUUCUGUUCCUCCAACACAACAACCUGCUCAGUGAAGCUGGAUUGUGGAAAGCAGUACUCGGCUGUCGUGGUUGCUUCCAGUGCGACAUGCAACAGUAGCAAGGAAGCCUCCUUAACUUUUGCCUCAGCUCCCUGUCUGCCUGACAGAGUGGUAGCAGACGUGGACUGCAAAAACAACUCCUUUGCUGUGCAGUGGAGGGGGAGCAUCAGUAACCUUGACUCUUACACUGCGAUUGCCGUUGGUAGUGACAACACCCGAGCAACCUGUAACUCCAGUAGCACAAGCGGCAUCAUCCAGAACCUAAAAUGUGGCCUCACCUACAGCAUCGUCGUGACUACAUCAUCAGUUGACUGCGGCACCAUUAAAGGCUCCGACUACUUUGUGCAGUCAGCCCCGUGUAAACCAGAAAGCGUGUUGGUGAAUCUGAAGUGCAGCACUAACAAAGCCUUAGUUACCUGGAGAAACUCAGGGCCAGACCAGAACCAGGUGGUGUCGGCAGUGGACAGCAGAGGAGUGAUCACCACCUGCAACUCCAGCAGCUCCAACUGCACCUUCGACCAGCUGACCUGCGGGGAGAGCUAUGUUAUCAGUGUGGUCGGCUACACGAAUACAUGCAACAGUAAUCCAGCUGUUGCAGAAAGGCUCAACACAGCUCCGUGUGUUCCCACCCACCUCACAGCACAAGUGGACUGCCAGACAGGCAUCACUGUGGUUACAUGGGACCCAGCACAUGGUGCCACAGCUUAUACUGUUUAUGCUCGGGGCAAUCUGGGCUACAACGCUGAAUGCAAUACCACUGACACCAACUGUAAUUUCCUUAACCUGGAGUGUGGGCAGGACUACACCAUAACAGUGGUGGCUCGCAGUACCACCUGCGUCAGUUUGGUCAGCAAGUCCAUCAACGCCACCACAGGUGAUAAAACAAAAGCAGGUCAACUGAUUAACAGUGACACAGCUAUCACUGUUAAAAGAUACUGCUUUGGGUCUCUGCAAAGUGAGAAAAGCAGACAUAUGAUCUGA